AAUAUAAGUUGUAUUAAACCAUAUCUUAACGAUUUUACGUGUGAGUUAGUCAGGAAAAUUAGAAGGAAGUAGAGUGCCAUAUAUGAUACAACUUUAACAAUUUACAAAAUGAAUAGCCUUGGAAAGUAUGCAUUAAUUGCACUAUUGUGUUUCAACAUCAGCGAGGCGUACAACAUACUAGUUGUGUUUCCAAUGCCCGCCCAGAGCCAUCGAAACCUCGGGGAUGGAGUAGUGCGGCAUCUACUGAAUGCUGGACAUGAGGUCACCUACAUUACUCCAUACAUAAAAGAAGGCUCAAAUCCAAAGCUACGGCAAAUAAAAAUGAUAUACGACUUCGACGCCCUACCAAAACCCCACAUCAAGACAAUAAUGAACAAUGAGCAGGACUUCAAUCCCAGCAACUUCUUCAACUACACCUUAGGAACUCACCAGGCGAUGAUCCAGAACAAAGAGGUGCAGAAGUUGCUGCGCGACCCUCAGCAGACCUUCGACGUGGUCGUGAUCGAGUGGUUAUUCAGUGAACUGUAUUCUGGGCUCUCGGCCGUCUUCGGCUGCCCCCUCAUCUGGGUGUCAUCGGUCGAUCCUCACUCUGCAAUCAUGCAGCUGAUCGACGAGAACUUGAACCCAGCUUAUAAUCCUGGCCUCAUGUCGACCGUUCUACCGCCGUACACCUUUGUCCAACGCGUCAAAGAGUUGUUCAUGUCUGCGGUAACCACUGUGUUGAAGAAUUACAUCUUCGUCAGAUAUGAGCGACAAGCAUACGAAGAAUUAUACGUACCUCUAAUUAAGAUGAGAGGUCGUCCUGUCCCCACGUAUGAUGAAGUGAAAUUCAACGCGUCACUGAUUCUGGGUAACUCCCACGUAUCCUUGGGCCAGGCCACCAGGCUACCACAGAACUACAAGGCAGUAGCUGGUUACCACAUUGAUACCAACUUCAAACCGUUACCUGAGAACCUAAAAAAACUACUGGACAGUGCUAAAAAUGGCGUAAUAUACUUCAGCAUGGGCUCCAACUUAAGCAGCAAGGACAUGCCAGAGGAGCUCAAGAAGAGCCUUCUCAAAGUCUUCGGUGCACUGAAGCAGACGGUCUUGUGGAAGUUUGAAGAAGUACUAGAUGAUUUGCCGAAAAAUGUGCACAUAGUGCAGUGGGCACCGCAGCCUGCCAUCCUUUCCCAUCCAAACUGCGUCCUCUUCAUAACGCACGGAGGUCUCCUUUCCGCCACUGAAGCAGUCCAUUUCGGCAAGCCCAUUAUCGGAAUCCCAGUCUUCGCCGACCAGUUCCUCAACGUGGAAAGAGCAGUGAAGAAAGGCUUGGGGAAGAGAGUUGACCUUUCGUAUUCAAUGGCUGAUGAUUUGGAAGUCGCUCUUAAGGAAAUCUUAGACAGUCCAAGGUAUAUGGAGAGAGCAAAGGAAUUGUCCAUGAUCUUUCACGAUCGGCCAACGCCCCCUGGUGAGGAGUUGGCGCACUGGGUGUCCCACGUCAUCAAGACUGGUGGCGCCCCCCAUCUACGGUCUCCGGCGCUGCAUACGCCGUUCUACCAGAAGAUGUACCUGGAUCUCAUAGCUGUAAUCGUUGUUAUUCUUAUUGCUCUCAGAAUAUUGGUUAGGCGUAUUUGUAAUAGCUGUAAGACAAAGAAAUUAGUUAGCGAUAAGAAAUAUAAUUGAAUUUUUAUAAG